AUGGGAAUCUGCCAUGGAAAACCCAUCGAGACCCAACAAAGUGAGAGAGAAACCACAGAAUUCCCGAGCGAAGUUCCAUCUUCCACAAACCCCAACAAACCCUCGAAAUUCCCAUUCUACAGCCCAAGCCCAUUGCCGAGUUGGUUCAAAAACUCGCCGGCGAACUCAAACCCUAGCAGCGUGAGUUCCACGCCCGUGAGGAUCUUCAAACGCCCCUUCCCUCCUCCCUCGCCAGCCAAGCACAUUCGCGCGCUCCUCGCUCGCCGCCACGGUUCGGUCAAGCCGAACGAAGCCUCCAUACCUGAAGGCAGCGAGUGUGAGGUUGGUUUGGAUAAGAGCUUCGGCUUCGCCAAACACUUCUCUGCCCAUUACGAGCUCGGCGAAGAAGUGGGCCGCGGCCAUUUCGGCUACACCUGCUCCGCCACGGCCAAGAAAGGUCCCUUCAAGGGCAUCGACGUUGCCGUAAAAGUCAUUCCCAAAACCAAGAUGACGACAGCAAUUGCUAUAGAGGAUGUAAGGAGAGAAGUGAAAAUAUUACGGGCUCUAACAGGACAUAAAAAUCUGGUGCAAUUCUAUGAAGCCUAUGAAGAUGAUGACAAUGUUUAUAUAGUUAUGGAGCUAUGCAAAGGAGGGGAAUUGCUAGAUAGAAUUCUUUCCAGGGGUGGAAAGUACCCAGAAGAGGAUGCCAGAGUAGUUAUGAUCCAAAUAUUAAGUGUGGUAGCUUUUUGUCAUCUGCAGGGUGUUGUUCACCGCGAUCUCAAGCCAGAGAAUUUUCUUUUCACUUCUAAGGAUGAAAAUUCCACGUUGAAGGCCAUUGAUUUUGGAUUGUCUGACUAUGUGAAGCCAGAUGAGAGGUUGAAUGAUAUUGUUGGAAGUGCUUAUUAUGUAGCUCCAGAAGUUUUGCAUAGAUCUUACGGGACAGAAGCAGAUAUGUGGAGCAUUGGUGUAAUUGCUUAUAUUCUUUUAUGUGGAAGUCGUCCCUUUUGGGCCAGGACAGAAUCUGGUAUAUUUCGGGCUGUACUUAAGGCAGAUCCAAGUUUUGACGAGGCUCCUUGGCCUUCUUUAUCUGCUGAUGCAAAAGAUUUUGUGAAGAGGUUGUUGAAUAAGGAUUAUCGUAAAAGAUUGACUGCAGCUCAGGCACUAAGCCAUCCAUGGCUGGUGAAUCAUGAUGAUGAUAUGAGGAUACCUUUGGAUAUGAUAAUCCACAAGCUUGUUAAAACUUACAUUUGCUCAUCUUCUUUACGUAAAUCUGCUUUACGGGCUCUUGCAAAGACAUUAACAGUAGCUCAGCUAGCUUAUCUCAGAGAUCAAUUUACUCUUUUAGGGCCAAACAAAAGUGGAUUAAUCUCUAUGCAGAACUUCAAGACGGCUGUCUUGAGGAGCUCCACAGAUGCCUCAAAGGAUUCACGGGUCUUAGAUUAUGUGAAUAUGGUUAGUUCCAUCCAAUAUAGGAAACUAGAUUUUGAGGAAUUUUGUGCUGCCGCUAUAAGUGUGCACCAAUUAGAGGGAGUGGAGAGCUGGGAGCAGCAUGCUAGGCGUGCCUAUGAGCUUUUUGAAAAGGAAGGAAAUAGGGCAAUUAUGAUUGAAGAACUUGCCUCGGAACUUGGGCUUAGUCCAUCAGUACCUGUUCAUGUAGUACUUCAAGAUUGGAUAAGACACUCAGAUGGGAAGCUUAGUUUCUUGGGGUUUGUCAGGCUUCUGCAUGGGAUUUCUUCCCGCUCGUUUCAGAAGGCUUGA